AUGCGGUGGUAUCCUAGCAACGCGGACAAAAAGCAAGUUAGUGUCGUGAAAAAGUACGGAGCCCCGUUGAUGCCAGGCCUUGAGGUUGAGGACGAUUAUGUGCGUUCCUGGGAUGAGAAUCAAGGCUCUAAUGACAAUGUAGAUACCACCAAGGAUCCUUGUCAAAAGGUGAAGUGCAGCCGACACAAGGUGUGUAUCGCCCAGGGCUAUCAGAGAGCCGUGUGCGUCAACCGCAAGAAGCUUGAACACAGACUGAAGCAGCCCAAUCUCCGCUCCCCUAAUGGAAACUGUCAGCCCUGUCCCGUCUCCUCCACCGGGCCUGUGUGUGGAUCGGACGGACACAACUACGCCUCGAAGUGCAAGCUGGAGCAGCAGGCAUGUCUUACAGGGAAAGAGCUCACCCUGAAGUGUUCAGGUCUGUGUCCUUGUCCAACUGCAGCUCCGGCGUCCAGGGAGCCGAAAAGUGAGAGCUGCACUGGCCAAGAUCUGUCAGAUCUCGGCGAGCGUCUGAGGGACUGGUUCCAGCUUCUGCAGACCAAUGCCAAGCAGAACAACAACAGCAAGCCCGGGGCCAGAACCGCUGCAGCCAGCACUCCAUCAGUGCUGGACAGGAGCCUGGUCGCCAGCUGCAAGGACUCCAUCGGCUGGAUGUUUUCCAAGCUAGACACCAACAAUGACCUGUACCUCGAUCAGGCCGAGCUGGCUGCCAUCAACCUGGACAAGUAUGAGGUCUGCAUUCGGCCUUUUUUUAACUCCUGCGACUCCUACAGAGACAGCAAGGUGUCCACUGCUGAAUGGUGCCUCUGCUUCUGGAGAGAGAAACCGCCUUGCCUGGCUGAACUUGAGAGGAUUCAAGUCCUGGAUGGUGGCAAGAGAAAGUUUGGUCGAUUCAUCCCCAGCUGCAAUGAAGACGGCUACUACAGGAAGCAGCAGUGUGACAGGGGCGAGUGCUGGUGCGCCGACCAAAACGGAGGCGAAGUGGCCGGGUCUAGGAUCCGUGGCAAACCGGAUUGCGAUUCUGAAAUGACAUAUUCGGGAGAUUUUGGCAGCGCUUUCGGAUGGGAGGAUGAGGAGGAGAAAGAAGCCGAGGAGACCGCAGAGGAGGCCGAGGAGGAGGAGGGAGAGGUGGGGGAAGUGGAUGACGGGGGAUAUAUCUGGUGAAGGGUCAGGGUGUAACAAAGCCCCUCUACAGGAGCGUCUCAGUGGCCCCGCAAAACACACACACACACACACACACACACACACAC